UGGCUGGGCUGGAACUCGAUGUAUACAUCAGCUGGCCUCGAACUCAGAGACCCAUCUGCACUGCUUCCUGAGCGCUAAGAUGAAAGCACCGAGGGGGUGCGCAUGCUGCCCUGUGCGUGGGAACAGAGGACCACUCUCCUUCCACUGUGUGGCUCCCUGGAAUCAAACUUCAGUGGCCAGGCGUGAUGCCAACUGCCCUUACCUGCUGAGCUGUCCCGAGGCCCCAAACACCGCGGUCGGCUACAGGAACCAUUUUAAUUCCCUGUCCCUGUCUUAAACUCCUCCCUACGGUCCCUCUCUCCCCCGAAGUUCCUCCCCCAACCCCAGAAAACAGGUCCUCGUAGGCUCCACCCCCCUCAUCCUUAGGUGUCGCAUUCCGCCCAGGUAGUUCACCUGGCACUUUAGAGUGAGUCAUGUGCGGUGCUUGUCUCUGCCCGAGCCGCUCACCUGUUUCCUCAGCGGAUCCCGCGGACCCCGACAGCACGGUGGGACCCCAAAGCAAAGGCGGCGGGCAGCGGGCGCCGGCGCCCUCGGCGCAGUCCCCGGACCGCGGCUGCGUGGCCGCGCCCGAGCGGGAGGAGAUGCCCGAGUUUGUGGUGACCGCGCUGCUCGCGCCCUCGCGCCUCUCGCUGAAGCUGCUGCGCGCCCUGGUGCUGAGCCUGGUGUACUUGGCCGCCGUCGCCGCGGCGCUCGUCUACGGCUGCGUCGCGCUCACCAGCGUGCUCUGCCGCCCCCGUCGGGGCUGCCGCGGCCGCCCGCGGCGGGCGGCUCCCGCGUGCCUGCGCGACCCCACGCUGGGCGAGCACUGCUUUCUGACCCUCAGGAGUUCCGGCCUGCGUCUGCACUACGUCUCCGCCGGUCGUGGCAACGGGCCCCUCAUGCUAUUUCUGCAUGGCUUCCCAGAGAACUGGUUCUCCUGGCGCUACCAGCUGCGGGAGUUCCAGAGCCAUUUCCAUGUAGUGGCCGUAGACUUGCGUGGUUACGGCCCCUCUGACUCUCCAAAGGAUGUGGACUGUUACACGGUUGGCCUGCUGUUGGCUGAUAUCAAGGAUAUCAUCCUAGGCCUAGGGUACUCCAAGUGCAUCCUCGUGAGCCACGACUGGGGGGCUGCCCUUGCCUGGGAUUUCUCCAUCUACUUCCCGUCCUUAGUAGAGCGGAUGGUUGUGGUCAACGGACCUCCCAUGUCAGUGUUCCAAGAAUACUCAGUCCGCCACAUCGGCCAGCUAUUCCGAUCAAACUACAUGUUCCUGUUCCAGCUUCCCCGGCUGCCAGAGACGCUGCUGUCUCUGUCCGACUUCCAGUUGCUAAAAACCACGUACACCGACCGCAAGAACGGCAUCCCGCGCCUGACCCCGUGUGAACUUGAAGCUUUCCUCUAUCACUUCUCACAACCCGGAGGACUCACUGGGCCCAUCAACUUCUACAGGAACCUGUUCAGGAACUUCCCCCUGGAGCCCCAGGAACUAUCCACACCCACACUGCUGCUGUGGGGGGAGAAGGACCACACCUUGCAGCAGGGGCUGGUGGAAGCCAUCCACAGGCGCUUUGUGCCGGGCCGGCUGGAGAGCCACAUCCUGCCAGGCAGUGGCCACUGGAUCCCACAGAGCCAUCCUCAGGAGAUGCACCGGUACAUGUGGGCCUUCUUGCAAGACCUGCUGGGCUAGUGGCCCCUGUUUGCCAGCUCAGCAGGAACAUGACAUGCACAUACCUGUCCUUGUGUGCCGGGAGUCCAUUCGGUGUGCGCAUACGGGGUGGACUCCCAGCUCACCCACAGCCAGUGACUCCCGAGCGGCACAGAAGCCUCUGUGGGUAUCUGGCCUCACACAUAGCACGAGCAUUCUCAUGUAUGAGCAAUCACUUUGACUCUGGCAGCCAGGUGUGUGUCUCCUUUGAGGAGAGAGAUGCCAGGACUAUCUCACCUCUCCUUACCUGAGCCUCCCUGCCGCCCCCGUGGCUGCACAAAACCAUAAAUUCUAACCUCUCUGUCUUGCUUUCCACCCUCAGGCUGCAGCUUAAGUCUUCCAUGAUAUUGCAUCCAGUGUAUUUCUAAACUAUGGCAACAUCGCAAUUUAAAUGUUAACUACAGUGUUAACAUUAAAUUGUUAAAUUACAGUGUCUCUGGAGCAGGGAGGAUGGCUUAGUGGGUAAGGCCACUUGUUGCUCUUGUAGAGGAUAUGAGUUUAAUUGUCAGCACCCACAUGGAGUUUCACAGCCAUCGAUAAAUCCAUGUCUGUGGAUCUGACACCCUCUUCUGGGAGACUGGCAUGGGCACUGUGUACAGACGUACAUGCAAGCAAAGCACUCCUACAAAUAAAAAAUUCUGUUUCGUUUUUCGAGUCAGGGUCUCUCUGUGUAGAGAUCUCUUGAACUCACAGAGAUCCUCCUGCCUCUGCCUCCCAAGUGCUAGGAUUGAAGGCAUGCACCACCACCAUCCAGCAAAAAUAUUUAUUUCUUACUGGUCAGGUGGCAAACUCCUUUAAUCUUAGUGCUUGGGAGGCGGAGGCAGGAGGAUCUCUGUGAGAUUGAGGCCAGCCUGGUCUACAGAGUAGGUCCCAGGUAGCCAAAACUACACAAAGAGACCCUAUCUUGAUAAAACAAAAUGAAACAAAACAAAAUCAAGAAAUAUAUAUAUAUAUAUAUAUAUAUAUAUUUUUUUUUUUUUUUAAAUAUAGUGCCUUGGUUGCAAUAGCUGUGUAUUAACUGCUAAAUCACAUACGUGCAGGAAGCCGUACCAGACUGUCAAUGAGGGUAUUCUGGUUUAAGAAAUCUGGCUCAGCAGGUGAAGGCGCUUGCCACCAAGCCUGACAGUCUGGGUUCGAGUGUAUGUGUGCGCGCACACACACAUACUAAAUAAGUAAACCAACCUUUUUAAAAGGAAGGGUGGCUUGCUGGGCACGCCAGUCUGCACCUGUAAUCUCAACACUUGAAAAGCUGAGGUGCGAAUAUUGUUGAGUUCAAGGCCACCCUGGGGUGCACAGCAGUACCAUGUCUUAAUAAAUCAACAACGACAGCAUUUCCUGUGUCUCCACGGAGUUGUGAGGAGAUGGAGGGUUGGGCGCACUCAAGAUUCGGCCUCGCCCGGAAUCCACUGCCACAGCCAAGGAAGCCGUUGCUGCUGGAAUUGUCGUGGACACCGAUACAGCUUUACAAAAGUGCUGAAGAUCAACCUCAUCCAUGAUGGCCUGGUGCUCGGCAUACUCGAAGCUGCCAAGGCCUUUGACAAGUGCUAAGGCCAUCUCUGCGUGCUUUCAUCCGAUUGCGAUGAUCCUGUGUAUGUCAGGGUGGCAGAGGUGCUUUGUGUGGGGUACCAGAUCAACCUGAGAUUGAUGAGAACAAGAAACUAGGGGAAUGGGAAGGCCUCAGAAUCGAGGAAGAGGGGGAGCCAGGUAAAGUGGUUAAUUACAGUUGUGUAAUAGCUAAGGACUAUGGCAAAGAAUCUGAGGCUAAGGAUGUUGUUGAAGAGUACAAAAAAUAAUAAGUCAGUUUGGGCUCAUUUUCUUAAAAACAAACAAAUAAAAUAAAAAAAAAGUAAGCCACUUCCUUGCUGGCUCCUAAUCACCUCACAAAGUAAGGACCCUCCUAGGACAACCAGGUGAAUGAGUCCCCUCCUCUGAAGCCAAACUCAAGGCAGCUUCCAAUGAUCCCCCUCCCCAUCACGCCCAAAUUCAAGUCAGGUUAAAUUUUCUCUUGUCAACCUGCCUCAGAUCCCCAGGAAAAUAACCGUGGAUUCUGUUAGAAAGCCAGGCAUGCUGGACUCAGCCCCAGAAAGGGCCAGCUCCUUGAGCUGGCAUCUGGGAGCAGGCCAGACGUCUCAGCCUGUGACCACUAAGCCUGACGACCUCCAUCCCUGAGGCACACACGACAGAAGGAAGGUCAGAGCUGGCUCCCACAGUUUGUCACCUGACCUCCACAUGCGCGUCAUAACCCUUGUGCAUGCAAGCACAGAAACACAUUGUACACACACACACAAAUACACAGACACAUGAAUAAGUGGGCACCAUCUGGGAUCUGAGGUGUCUAGCUUCCAGUUUUUAAAAUCUUCUGCUCGAAAUUAGCCAUUUUUUUUUUCUUAGUAGCCCAGGCUGGUGUUGAACUGGAAAUCCUCUUGCCAAAGCUUCCUGAAUGCUGGAGUUAAAGGUGUGUGCUACCAUUUCUGGCUUAGCCAAACCUCUGCUGAAUGUCUAAGGGCAUGAUGACCCGGCUUCUAAAUGAUGGGGUUAAAAAUGAAGAGUGAAAGGUGGGCAUGGCAGGUGGUGCAUGCUUGUAAGCCCAGCACAGUGGAGACUAUGGCAAAAUGAUCACAGGUUCAAGGCCAGCUUGAGCUAUGCAGUGAUCAUGAAACCAGCUUCGGCUACAGAGCAAAACCCAGUCUCAGGAAGAUAGAACAAUUACAAAACAAGUGUGAGGUGGACCAGCAGCUCCAGACCGAUCACAGUAAUCAUACUAAUUUUAUUGCCUAGUCUUUUGCAAUUAACUAACUGAUAUAUUCAUUUAUUUUGAGAACAGGAUCUUACUAUAUAGCCUGAAGUUGCUAUGUAGACCAGGCUGACCUGGAACUCACAGAGAUUCGGUUGCCUCUGGCUCACUAGUACCAGAAAUUAAAAGCACGCACUGGAGUGUGCUGGAGUGACAGUUCAGUGCUUAAGAGCACUGGCAGCUCUUCUGGAGGACCUGGGUUCAAUUCCCAGUGGCUCAUAACUGUCUGCAACUCCAGUUUGAGGAAACAUGAUACCCUCACAUGGACAUACAUGCAAGGCAAAACACCAAUGCGCAUAAAAUAAAUAAAAUAUUUUUUAAAGGCCA